CUUAUGAGAGAGGAAGAAAAGUGCAUGAAAGAUUUGCUACUUUCAACAUCACACAAAACAGCUGAAAAUAACAGCGUACACUGCAAGGGAAUGUGGGACGACUUGAACUGCUGGCCACCGGCUUUUCUUGGGGAAACUGUUUCACAACCUUGUCCAGAGUUUUUUAAUUCAGGAGGUAAAGUGCAUCGCAACUGCACAAACAAUGGCUGGACAGACCUGCUCAUUCCACACGAAGAUGCUUGUGGCUACUCUUUCAAUGAAAGUCUGUCAUUUCUUGGAGAGUCCUCAGACAGCCACUUGUAUUUCUCCUAUGUGAAGACAAUGUACACAGUUGGAUACACAAUUUCCCUCAUCUCUCUCAUCAUUGCCAUCACCAUAUUCUGUGUGUUUAGGAAACUUCAUUGUACCAGGAACUACAUUCACAUUCAACUAUUCAUUUCCUUCAGCCUGAGAGCCAUCUUCAUCUUCAUCCGAGAUGCUCUGCUCUUUACAGAUGAAGAGAUUUAUCACUGUGACUACUAUCCGGCGCCGUGUAAGGUCGUGCUGAUGUUUUCCAACUACUCCAUCCUUGCAAACUACAGCUGGCUGCUGGUGGAGGGCCACUUCCUGUACACCCUUGUUAACCGCUCCUUCUUCUCCCUGAAGAAACAUCUGGCCUGGUACAUCGUCCUCAGCUGGGGUUUGCCACUGAUUGUGAUCAUCUCCUGGGGUUGUGCAAAAUAUUUUUAUGAAGAUGAAGGAUGCUGGGAAACCAGGAGGCAUGAAUGGAUUUGGUGGAUACUUCGAGUGCCAGUUCUUCUAACUAUAUCUAUGAACCUCAUCUUUUUCAUGGGGAUUUUGAGGAUACUGGUGAGCAAACUCAGAAUGCCAGAUGCACAGAGAAACGAAUUAAGCCAGUAUAAGAGGCUGAUCAAAUCCACGUUUUUUCUGGUGGCUCUGUUUGGCGUGCAUUACAUCUUGUUCGUGUUCUUGCCCGUUGAAGUCAGCAGCUCUAUGUUUAAGAUCUGGACCUUUGUAGAGCUGGCUCUGUCAUCCACUCAGGGCUUUGUGGUCGCUGUCCUCUACUGCUUUGUGAACGGAGAGGUGCAGCAUGAAUUUCUAAGGCGGUGGAGGAGAUGGAGGCUGACUCAGCACCUGCCCACCAGACGCAGCCAGCGUCACGGCUCCAUCAGCCACAGCGGGACCCCUCACACCCAGGUGUCCCUGCUGCCCUGCUCUCCAGGCAGCCUGUCGACAAGUGGGCUCCCUGUGGACACCGUGGAGAUGUGACUCAAGCUGGGAUCAGCUCAUUUUCUCGCUCGUCUCAUCCAUAGCAUGACGGACUCUCACUUAGUGCCGACAGUCGACAGCUUGGCUGCUUAAAACAGCAUCGGACGCUUUGUUUGGAGAUUUAAAGUACUGACAGGAAGAUUUUAGGAGUCGGUGAACAAAAAGCUACUUUCUCUAAUCACUUUCUGCAAAAUGUAGCUACCCUCUGUUACCCUGGCAACCUGUCCAGGGUGUACGUUUAAUAAGCUCUUUUAAAAAAAAAUGGAUGUAACAUUGUAACUAAGCUUUAAUUUUACUAGUGGGUGUGUUGAAGUUUUCUUUUAUGUUUUUUAUUGUCCUA